AUGAAAGAAUGAAGGGCUCGGAAAAACUCCUCUUCGAUUUCCUUAGCAAAAUGCAAGGCUAGGUCAACUGGAUUUUGGCAAGAAGGCUGGAUGCAGGAAUAUGAAAAAAAAUUAAAAAGACUAAGUUUAAUUAACCAAGAACUCCAAAUCCAACUCAGAAGCCUCAAAGAUAAAAACUCUAAACUAGCUAAUACCACUAAAAGACUAAAAAAUGGAAAAGAAAACGAAAUGUGCUUGAUAUGCUCACAUGAAGUAAGGAACAUAAUCUUCAUCCCCUGUGGGCAUAUCCUCUACUGCAAUAUGUGUACUGAAAACAUCGGACUCCCUCUCUCCCACAAAAUUCGACCUACUCAUCCACUAUCCAAGUGUGGGCGUUGUCAAGAGACUAUUAAAAAAGUGUAUUUUGCUUAUCCUGAUUAA